GUUGCCGAGCAGGGCUCGACCGCGGGCGUGCAGCUGUGGGCGGCGGACCGUCUGGGGUCUCGCGCGGGGGGCUGCAGCUUUCCCCGGCCCGGAGCGAGUGUGCGGGGCCGGGAGGAGAGCCGGGAGGGUGGGGAGCGGGCCGAGCCCGGGGCUGCGGCUGCGGCCGCGGGGCUGUGGCGCCCCAGCCCCGCCAGCCAGCCCGAGCGCUCGGAGGGAGAGGCAAGGUCUGGACGGGGUGGCUGGACCAGUGGCAGAAUCCAGUGCCAGACUCUGGACUUGAGGGUUCUGGGCUGUGGUCUGUAGAAGCGAAGGAGAGAAGGACUCAAAUCCAGGCCAACUGUAUGGCUGUCUGAGGUGUUGGAACAGAAGGAAGUCCAUUCCUGUCGGUGACAACACUGUGGCCCUGUUCUGGAAUGACCGAGGUGUAAAGGAGCCAGUAGCUUUGGUCGAGGGAAGAAGAAGAAACUCGAUGAGCAGCAGCCUCUACAAAUGGGUCUUCCUCCUGGGUAAGGAGAAGGGAGUGGGGGGCCAGGGCCCCAGAACGGACUGGGGGAGCUUCGAAUCUGACCGAGACAGGUAGGUUGACUGCUUUUACCUGGGGUGGUCCAGGGCCAGGUCUGGGGCCCCUGCUUCAGGCAUGGGGGUAUCUCUGCCUGUGCUCAAAAAGAAAGCCCUCCUUCCCAGGGGCCCCGGGACCCUGUGCAGACCGGGGACGGCGAAAACCACUGCCCUAGAAGGUAAGUGAAGCUGCUGAGGCAUCUAGGAUGCAGCUUAAGCUUCAGCUGCCCUGUUGUCCCCCAACCUCGCCACCGGCCAGAGGCUAGGCAGUUCCCUCUGCAGGGCCUUGGGGUGAACUCGGCUGCCAGCUCAGCAUUACGCGGCUUCUCCGACAGGGGGCGGGAAAGGGCAGGCCGCGGUGCGCCCAAGGCCAGAGACCUCCAUUUCAGGUGUGAAACCUGGGCCUCGGAUCAAGUGACAGCCAUACAUUUCAAAUCUGAUUUAGGGGUACCAGAUGAACCCUCGGGUCUGGCAGUCUGCUUCCAUUUCCUCCCAGAAUGUGUCGCUUCCUCCCGCGCUCCGCGACUUUGGAAGGCGUUUGCAUUUACAUCCCCGGUGAUUACUGGAGUCACUAAUACAGCCUAACCCAGAGUUUAAUUGGAAACGUUAAACAAUGCGAUGGAUCCGUGUCUGAUUUGCACAGUCGGUCAAUUAUCUGCAGGUUGGGGCAAUCUGCGCUGCACCCAGGGGGAUGCGAGGAGGGGCAAGAUGGCGUGGCCACAGCUGGGUCUGCGGGCGCGAAGCAAAAUGAGGGGAAGCGGAACUUGAAGACUGGAAAGAGAUGAACAGUCUCCUGGUGGGGAAUGGAAAUCACGGAAAGGCCUGGGCGCCUGAUCACUGAGAUGGAAUAGGACGGUGUUGGAGCCCACACAGUGGAGAUGGAGGCCAGGGUUUUGCCCUGAGGUGGGAGGGUCCUGGAUUUGGAGAAGGAAGAUUUUUUAGGGACUAGAGGACCAGGAGCUGGGGUGGAACCAACCUUGGGAGUCCAGAAGCCAGUGUUCUGGUCUGAGUGUUUCUGCCCCUCUCUGGGCCUCAAUUUCCUUGUCUUUCAAAUGAUGGGUUUGGACUAGGUGGUUUCUAAGAUGGUGGUGACAUUUUAGGAAGUGGGUCCAUUUAUUCUUGGUAAUGAAAAACAGAUUCACUAAAGGAGAGCCCCCCCCCCCAUUUACCCCUUUUAAAUCAUACUUUUUGGCGUGCCUCUAAUUUGGAGGAAAACUGUACAAAACAAACCCACAACCACUACACACAUUUCAUCUCUUUCAGCAGGGUGGCCUUACUUUUAUUUCAUGGGAAUGGGAACAGGGAGGAAAAGAGAUGCGCAAGUGGAGAAUCUGCCCCUGUAACCAAGGCCCUGAAAAGCGCCAUGGGGCUCUUACACAGAUCUUACACCCUGGAGGGGGGCGGACAUGCGUUAGUGGCCCUGACUCCCUAACUCAGCCUCAAAACAGAAGGGCUUGGGGUGAGGGUGAAGGAAAGGCCCUGCUUAGGGUCUGUAUCCUUUUCCUUCUGUCUUCCUCAACCCCUUCCCUCUCUGAGCCAGGGGGAAGUUUUGGAAUUCUGUACUUUCUAGAGACAUUACCCCUAACAAUCAGCACAAUCGCGCCCUCUAGUGACCUCAACGGGGACACCUUUGGCAGAGCUCCGGAUACAUCCCGUGGCCCAGCUCCAAGGUUUCCCCCAAGAAAGAGCAGCUGAGUCCUUGCAUCUUGUGGCAGCUGGUGUGCCCAGCACUGAGCCCGUCGGAGCUGAAGGCAGCCCGGCCCCUUCUCAUGGGCAGCACCCACCUGUGCUGAGGUCCUGCAGCGGUGGCUGUGUGAGGAGCUGUGCAAUCAGUUGUAACUGAAAAUGUCUGACGGUCUGGAUAAUGAAGAGAAACCCCCAGCUCCCCCACUGAGGAUGAAUAGUAACAACCGGGAUUCUUCGGCACUCAACCACAGCUCCAAACCACUUCCCAUGGCCCCUGAAGAGAAGAAUAAGAAAGCCAGGCUUCGCUCUAUCUUCCCAGGAGGAGGGGAUAAAACCAAUAAGAAGAAAGAGAAAGAACGCCCAGAGAUCUCUCUUCCUUCAGACUUUGAACAUACGAUUCAUGUGGGGUUUGAUGCAGUCACCGGGGAAUUCACUGGAAUUCCUGAGCAAUGGGCACGAUUACUCCAAACCUCCAACAUAACAAAACUGGAACAGAAGAAGAACCCCCAAGCCGUUCUAGACGUUCUCAAAUUCUAUGAUUCCAAAGAAACAGUCAACAACCAGAAGUACAUGAGCUUUACGUCCGGAGAUAAAAGCGCACAUGGAUAUAUAGCAGCCCAUCCUUCGAGUACAAAAACAGCAUCAGAGCCUCCUUUGGCUCCCCCUGUGUCUGAAGAAGAAGAUGAAGAAGAGGAAGAAGAAGAAGACGACAAUGAGCCGCCACCAGUCAUUGCACCAAGACCAGAGCAUACAAAAUCAAUCUACACUCGUUCCGUGGUUGAAUCCAUUGCUUCACCAGCAGCACCAAAUAAAGAGGUCACACCACCUUCUGCUGAGAACGCCAAUUCCAGUACUUUGUAUAGAAACACAGACCGGCAGAGGAAAAAAUCCAAGAUGACAGAUGAGGAGAUCCUAGAGAAGCUAAGAAGCAUUGUGAGUGUUGGCGACCCAAAGAAAAAAUACACAAGAUUUGAAAAAAUAGGUCAAGGGGCAUCAGGUACUGUUUAUACAGCGCUAGACAUCGCCACAGGACAAGAGGUGGCCAUAAAGCAGAUGAACCUUCAACAGCAACCCAAAAAGGAAUUAAUUAUUAAUGAAAUUCUGGUCAUGAGGGAAAAUAAGAACCCCAAUAUUGUUAAUUAUUUAGAUAGCUACUUAGUGGGUGAUGAACUAUGGGUAGUCAUGGAAUACUUGGCUGGUGGCUCUUUGACUGAUGUGGUCACAGAGACCUGUAUGGAUGAAGGACAGAUAGCAGCCGUCUGCAGAGAGUGCCUCCAAGCUUUGGAUUUCUUGCACUCAAACCAAGUGAUCCACAGAGACAUAAAGAGUGACAAUAUUCUCCUUGGGAUGGAUGGCUCUGUUAAAUUGACUGAUUUUGGGUUCUGUGCCCAGAUCACCCCUGAGCAGAGUAAACGAAGCACUAUGGUGGGAACUCCCUAUUGGAUGGCACCUGAGGUGGUGACUCGAAAAGCUUAUGGUCCAAAAGUUGAUAUCUGGUCUCUGGGGAUUAUGGCGAUUGAAAUGGUAGAAGGUGAACCCCCUUACCUUAAUGAAAAUCCACUCAGGGCAUUAUAUCUGAUAGCCACUAAUGGAACCCCAGAGCUCCAGAAUCCUGAGAGACUGUCUGCUGUAUUCCGUGACUUUUUAAAUCGCUGUCUUGAGAUGGAUGUGGAUAGGCGAGGAUCUGCCAAGGAGCUCUUACAGCAUCCAUUUUUAAAAUUAGCCAAGCCUCUCUCCAGCCUGACUCCUCUGAUUAUCGCUGCAAAGGAAGCGAUUAAGAACAGCAGCCGCUAGGACUGCAAGCCUUACCCCACACCAUCUCCUUCAUGAGUAAGACUGAAAUAAAACUCCACUGCAGGAAAGAUGGAAGAAAAGACAGUUGAAUGGGGUGGGGAUUCUUUAACUUUCAAAUGAAUAGAAACUUCUUAUAAGCCUUUUUCCUACUCCCUCAGAUUAUGUAAUUUAUUUGUAAGCCUGAAUCGCAGCCCAAACAGGGCAGCAAUGUCGAAGUGGCCAUCAAGUGGUCACUUCUACCGUGAAGCGAAAGAGCCAGUAGUGAAUCCCCUCAUUUUGUGCAUUCACUUUGAAGAAAAAAGAUUUCUCAAAGAUGCACACUCCCUCUUCAUAGUGUUGUGUUUGUUUUUAAGUUAGAGAGUAGUCCCUCUUGCAUUCGAACCUCCUUCAAAACUCCUUACCCAAUGUGAUGUUUUUCACUUGCAUUGUCAUUAGAUGUCCAGAAAAAAAAAAGAUGUCAAAACGUUUUUUUUUAAAAAAAAGAAAGUAAAAAACAAAAACAAACAAACAAAAAAAAACAAAAACAAAAAAAAAUAACAAAAAAAAAUAACCCAGAGCAAGUACUGUGUGAACAUGUGGAAGUCCAUGCCCUAAUAGAGUUGAAAUUUUUUUAUUCUUCUUCUAUAGUGGUGGCUCGGUUUGUGUACCUGUUUUUCUGCAUUUGUAUUGGAAAAGGUUUCUUUUACGACAUUUUCCAAAAGCAGAGAGGAAUAUGUGUGUUCAGGAAGGGCUUUUAAAAACUCUAUGUCUAAAAGUUCAAAUGGUGAAAUCUUAUCACAUUUUCAUGAUGAUGCUUAAGAGGUAGUUGAUUUAUCAUUUGUAUAAACCAGCUCGUUCAUCUUCAUGAUACCUGAAAAAAGACACACCAAAACUAUGGCACUUCAGUUGGGUGAGUCCAGGUCUGAAACCUAGGAACUCCUGAUAGGAGAAACCAUACUUAAACAAAGACGGGACUUUCUCCAAGAGCCCAAAGGGAGAUAAUAUAAGCAUGCAAUACUGAAAUCCUUGUUGGACAGUAAACAAAGAUAACAAUACCUAAUCCAAUCCUGUCUUGUCCUUGUGGAAUGUAGGUAACUGUAAAAUAGGCACAACAGGAGGAAACAGACCCAUUAACCAACGUUUGCUGCUGGUAAAAAUGAUUUAUCUUGACAAUUUAUAACGUUAAAAUUGUUUUUAAAGAGCUGGAGCACAGAAAUAUUGUAAGCAGUCAACUCUGUAAGAAAUGGGAGGUCAGUGAAAACUACAUCCCAGUCAACAUUAGGCUCUAAGUACUUGUUGCCAUUUUCCCUAUGUUCACCAAUUUCUGUUUCUGGAUAUGGUGUGUUCAUACUUAGCCCUUUGGGCUUUUGAAUUUUAAAAACAUGUCUGUAAAGAUCUUGAAGUUCUCCAGUGAAAAGCAUUUGGGCUUGCAAUCAUAUACCCCAAGAAAUAUCAGUCCAACUGAAUUCCUUUUGUGGCUUGGGGAAAAUAUGAAAAUUUGACUAGUAUUUCACCGUGUAUCAAUUUAUUAGAAAUUCAACAGUUGCCACUUCCUGAAUCUUCUGAGCGUAGAAAAAUAUCUGGAGGGUGUCUGCGUAGAAAAGGAUAUGCUUCUCUUUCGAGUGUAUUGUCAAUUUUAUAAAUUCUGCAUAGUUGUUUCUCUAAGCCUUUGAAAAGCUAGCAGUUUGUGCAGUAGAAGGCUUCUUGAUUUGUAGUAUGUCAAGAAUCUGAAUAGAACCUAUCUACAUCCAGCAAGAGAGGGAAAGAGAUCAAUGCCAUGGGCCUCUCUCCUUCUCUGCCUAGGCACAUCCGUCAAUAUAAUCAUCUAUCCAUUCCUUAAAAUGAAAGCACUUUCUUUAGAGAGUUUCUGCUAACCAUAUAGUGCACGUGUUUAUGUGUAGGAGAUGACACCACUGGUGGAUUUCCUAUUGUCUUCUUUGACUAUGAGAUUUGGGAGGGGCUUGACCCCCCGGCCCCGAAAAUGUCCACAGUGGGAUAAAACAACAAACAUGAAAAGAUCAAAUGGUAAUAUUAAUUUGAAGCAUACUAUGGUAUACUUCACAAAAAUGUGGCUGGGCCUGAAAAUUUUAAUGCCACACUGUUUUAAUGAGAGAGAGAGAGAGAGAGAGAGAAGCCUUAAUUUUGAUUUCAUUUAAAAUUAAGUAUUUUUUUAAUUUUUCAUUCAUAGUGCCAGGGAAUUCAGUGAAAUAAUACCUGGGAUGCAAAUAGAAUUCAGUAUAUUGAUAACUAUACCCUGCCAGGGGAGAGAGCCCCAAACCUGGUUGGGAAGCCCUAGUUAUCUGUUAGCAUCCCUUACAUGUCAUGAAGGCCUUUUUUUGGUGGGGGGAGACCUGGACCAGUGACCCUUCAGGUUACUGUAGGCGGAGAAAUGGCUGCUCUUUUAUGCUUUCAAUUCAGCAUAUCAACAACAAGAAGCCUGGUACUACUUCACCACAGCCCGUUAUACCAAGAUUUUAUGGUAAUAUAAUCCCAGUAGGCUUUACUCUUACAAACUUAUAUCUAUGUAAAUUUUAAAAUGAGAACAGCUUCUAAAGACCCUUCCCCGCGUUGGAGAGUUAUGUAUAUUUCUAAUAAGUAUUAGGAAGAAGCUGCUUCUCCUGCCAAAAUGAUGCUGAAAGACUCCAGGUGGUUAAUAGUUUAUUCCCUCUCCCUGCAUUUUUGUUUUUAGCUCAUCUUGACACAGGUGAGUCUAUCCAGAUCUUUGAAGUCGCUCGUGUGCCCUGAGAUAAUAGGGGCACAUCGUCGAAUGUCGAUUCCAAAAUGUCCUGAGAUAGGGAUAGGGCAGUGGGAAAGUCAGGGAAGGGUGAGAAGCACAGUAGAGAUUAUUUAUUUAAGAAAGAAAAGAACAUUAAUGUUGUAGCAAGGAUCCGGUACGUUGUCAUAAUCCCCUCAAAUCAGUCACCAUGUUGGGUAAUGACUUCGUUCUUGCUGAUCUCGUCUGUGUGUCAUUGUAAAUAUUUGUGUGUCUGUGUUCCAUUUUGGCUACUGGAUGGCCAAGUCAUGUAAGAAGAUUUAACUCAAGUAUUUAUUCUUUAAUUGUGUUAUUCAGAUUUCUUUCAGGCUUGUGAAUUGCACCCCAAUGUUUGAGUUUAACCACCUGAUCCCCACAUCUUUCCCUCCCCUGUGAAGCACAUUCCAUUGCUAAAAGAAAAAGAAAUAUGAAAUUGCUUCAUGUCAUCUGUAUAACUGUUUUGAUAGUUUGAGAUGUUUGUCUAUAAAGGAUAUUUCUCAGCUCAAAGAUCGUGUAAAUAAUUAUAUUCCUUUGCUCAGUGGGUUGUUUAUUUCUAAUGAGGCUGCCAGUUCUCAGAGAGAAUCGAUAAAAUCACCUUUAAAUAACAUAAACAGGGAGAACAACCAUGUAAAAAUAAGUGUGCAAAUGGGCAAAGGCUGGGAACACAGACAAUUGAAAUCAGUUGUGUUAGGGUGGCGGGAUUAUGUGGAACUUUUUUUUCUUUUUAAAAUUUUCUUUGAUAUUGUUCUAAUGUUGCUUUAUAAUAAACAUCAGAAAGGGAACUAUAGAAACAUAGAAAAGACGCCAGAAGCAGAUGCCUUCUGGCCAGAGCCCAGAGCAUGCAGGGCACAGAUAUUUGCUAGUUACAAUUAUUCCAUAGGCUUUAUACUUGCCUGGGUGCUGAGGUUGGCACAUGCUUGGGUACGGCACGUGCUUUCUUAGGGGACUAUUAUCUACAAGUUAAAGCUAGGGAGCUGUCACUGUUAGUACUCCAAACGCGUCCUUCUGCUUUCAGACUGGGUGCCCCCCUCCACUUUAGUAUGGUCUUGAGGUUUCUGUUUUGGUUACUUUAGAUUGGAGGGGUGACCUUUGAUCAGCCCCCUUGAUAACAUCUGUUUCAAGUCAUCUGUUUCAAGUAUCGCCUUUCUGGAUCACUUUAGCAGAUUUUCAGGUUGAAUCUUGGAAGGACAGAAGGAUAAAAUCCCCAGCUCCCACCAUUUCCUUUUCCAACAGGAUACACUAUCAUUCAGGUAGGAUUUUCUUUUAAUGAACAGUAGGCAAGUCCCAUUGAUUUCAGUAGAAGUUAUGACUUGCGCUUAAAAGCUGACUGAAAACAUUAAGACAAAUAUUUAGAACUGCCCUUGCCUGUUGGCAUUCAGUCAUACUCCUUUUAGCUUUGGCCUGAGGUGGCAGCCUCUAUGUACUUUCUGUCCGGCCUGAUUAUAGGUUGUAUGCAGUAACUACUGUCAUUUUUAAACAGAAAAGGGGAGACUAUCUACCCAAAGAGAGGAAUUUCCUUCUAACUCACCAAAGAAAUUGUAGGUGAGGACUUUUAUAGUGCGGUAGUGGCCUCAGGUGUUAGUUUCACCAAGUGCAGACCUUAUACCUAGAGAACCCACAGGCUUUUCUUUGGCCAUUCUCAACAUAUAAUCUACUUAUGAGAGUCUUAACCCUGCCCUGCCCUGCCCCAUUUAACCUCAUGGUCCUUUUCUUAGCUACUUGCAGUUAAUAUUCGGUUAAACAAAGGCAUGGCCAGUGAUGCAAGCUACUCCCAGUCUCUGAGAAAGAGAACUGAAAUUCAGCAUUUGUAAAUUGACAGUCUAACAGACCCGGGAUUUUGAGUGAACUUAACACGCAAUUCUGAACAUGUAUUUGCAUGUGGAUUGGGAAGGAAAUAAAUGGGACCUUGGAAAUAAUGGGACUAUUUUUCCUAAGAAAGCAUUUUUUCAUCAAAAAUGUGUUUCUGAUAGAAUCUUUCUGUUGGCCAGCUUUAAUUUUUUUCCACUCCUUUUCUGAUCCCACACUCCUUUAGGAACCAAAUGAAUAUAACCCGACUCCUCAUUCAUCGGGGAUGUCUGUUUAAUAUUAAACAAUAUCUAACUGACUCUACAAAUGCGGGAACUGAGAUAAUCACUUCCAUGUGCACACUUCUGUGUUCAAGUAGACAAUAAUAGCGAGGAGCAUUUACUGCCACAUAAUACAGUCACACUUGCAAUAUAAACUUACAGAAGCCGGUUAGUGCCCUCAGAGUCUCCUUUGGAAGCUGCCAUCAGGUGAAUGCUAUCCCAUAAUACCAGUAGAAGGCAGGUACCGUGUUCACCUGAUUUAGGACCUACGAGGAAAUCAACAGCAAUUAGAGAGAAUCAGUCAGAUGUAGUGGAAGAAGUACUAGCCUAGAAGUAAGGAUACCUGGAUUCUAAUAAAGGCUCUAUUCCUAACUUUACUGUGUGACCUUGGGCAAGUCACUUAACCAUGUUAUGGCUGUUUCCUUAUCUAUAAAAUAAGGGUUAUUGGACUAGAUCUCCAAGGCUUUCCAAAAGCUACAACAUUCUGUGGUACUGUAGAUUGCCUUGCUAAUUCAUGCUGCUAAAGUGAUGGCAAAUACCACAUGCUUCAGCCUGGGUCUCUUAUGUUGCAGUUAAACAAUAGAACUAUGUAAGAUGAUGCCAAAAAAAAGAAGAAAAAAACCCUCGAACAAAUGAAGCGAAUAAUACUAGGGAAUGUUGAUAAAACUUGUGGCAGCCUUCCAAUUCCUUCACAGUUGUUUUGUUUUUGUUCUAAUGUUCCUUUUCUGUUGCAUAUUCCCAGUUUUCAUCUUCCAUACACUCUGUAUGUAAAGUUUGGUUUUCAUUAAGCUGUGGCCAGUAUUUGCUACUAGAACAGAAAUACACUGUCACACUUGCUAGAAUAGAACUGUACUUGGGCCUCUUCCUUCCUACGAAGUGGUGUUGGGCUUUAUAGAGUUUACUUUAUAAAUGGCACAAGAUGUCAGAACCCAUGCAUUUUAAUGGCUGGGACUACUGAGUGGGCCUAAGCAUUUGCAGGUUGCAGAGAGAAAAAGGCAAAAGUGAUUACAUGCUAUUAGCAUUAAGGAGUGUUGGCCAAUCCACUUGUUGGGAACCAAAGAUAGCAUUUCUGGUGACAACUCCCACAGGGAUUGGCCAGUUGAAUGAGUAUGCUACUGGAAAGAGGAUAAACUGGUAGUGGACAGUCCCAAUGCCCUGACCACAGCAGUGCCAACCAGCCCUGAGUGUGAAAUUCAAGUUCGGUGUGUGUGCUUGUGUGUGGUGUGUUUUAUGGACCCGCAUAUACUAUAUUCAUUAGUGAUGAUAAGACCUUUCACAGAAUUCUGUAACCAUUAGUGGGUUGAGUUUUAAAUCUCAGUACAUCAGCAAGGAAGAGACAGAUCACAGGGUAGUGAUGGCUACUGGGAUUAUACUCGUAAUAUCCAGACAAAACAAGUUAAGGAGGAUCUGCAUUUUCAUUGUUUAUCAGAAUUGUUUCUCAUUUGGCUGUGCUUUUGUUAAAAUGUGUUAUCUGUAAACCCAUGUGUAGUGAACUUCUUAUGUAACUUUGGAUUAAAAGUAUUUAUGGUCUUUCUGUUUGUUUGAUUUUUAAGUAAGUUAUUUCUUUUGUAAACCUGCUGAUGGUACGGUUCCAUCCUUCUGACCUCAGCAUCCGAUCUUUUUAAGGACUUUUGUUUCCAAUAUUGUUAUUUUAAAUUGUGGUUGAAGCAAUAGAAAAUUGAAAUAUGGAUUGUGCAUGACUGUGUCUUGAGUGUAAAAAUAUUGCAGUUUGAAACUUGGACCUAAAGUAUUGCAAAUAAAAAUGA